AUGCCACCGGCGGCAGAGCAGCCACAUGGGUGCGCACGAGAAUGCUCUGGGAUUGCCACGGUCUUGUGCUCCUGGAUUAACAUCUUGUUGAUCUUCGUGCCCUUGGGCAUUUAUAGCCACAUGAAGGAAUGGAGUGCUGCAGCUCGAUUCUCAUGCAAUUUUGUGGCCAUCGUACCGUUAGCGGCAAUCUUGGGUGCGUCCACUGAAUGCUUGGCUGCGCACACCGGGCAGAUGAUAGGUGGGCUCCUCAAUGCGACGUUUGGCAAUGCCGUGGAGAUGAUUGUCACCGUGAAUGCCAUCAAAGCUGGCUUGGUCACGGUGGUGCAGGGCAGUCUCCUAGGUUCGAUUCUCUCCAACAUGCUGUUGGUGUUGGGCAUGUCCUUCUUCGCGGCCGGCGUGGUCGAAAAAGAGAGCCGCUUUAGUGCGAAGGGGGCCUCGGCCAACAUGACUUGCUUGACCCUUGGGUCCAUCGCGUUAGCGCUACCGACCAUUUACAAUUGCAUGGAGGACACCCCCACGGCAGAUGUGCUGAGUAUCUCCCGCAUUUCCUCCGCGGUGAUCGCCGGCGUUUACGUCUUGUUCUUGAUCUUCCAGCUAUUCACCCAUGCCCAUCUCUUUGCUGCGGAGGGUGUCUUGGAUCAAGACCUCGAGAGACUCUACCAGCCCAAGGGCCGCUUUUGGCAGGUCUCGACGGAGCGCACCUUGUUAAAUUUCAGACCCGUCCCAGAGAUCGUCACGUUCUAUGCAUGGGAGGUGCUGAUGUCCGCGUGCUCCUCGAUCUUGCUCCUCUUGGGCGCCACCAUCACCGUGGCCAUUUGCUCCGAGUUCCUCGUGGAUUCCAUCGAGGGCGUCACCGAGGAGUAUGGCCUACCAGGCGCCUUCAUUGGCGUCAUCCUUCUUCCAAUCGUCGGCAACGCGGCCGAGCAUGCGACCGCGGUGACGGUGGCGGCCAAAGGAAAGAUGGACUUGGCGCUGGGUGUGGCGGUCGGUUCUUCGACGCAGAUCGCGCUGCUGGUGGUGCCCUUCUCGGUGAUCGUCGGCUGGGUCUUUGAUGUUCCCAUGUCCUUGGAUUUCCGGAUCUUUGACACGGCGGUGAUGAUUUUAUCGGUCUUUAUCACCCAUACGACGCUUCAAGAUGGGCAUUCCAACUGGCUGGAAGGAUCCAUCCUGAUCGCCAUCUACAUCUUGAUUGCCAUCAUUUGUUGGUAUAUUCCCGAUACUCACGAGGGACGCCACUGA